AUGAUUGACGCCGAUACAGAGCGAAAGCUCGCCCGCACACUUCUGAUGGAGUUGAUGGUGUACCAAUUUGCCUCUCCUGUGCGAUGGAUCGAAACUCAAGAUGUGAUUUUAUCUCGAAAUGAAGGCGAACGCAUCAUUGAAGUUGGUCCCAGUGCAACACUGCUCGGCAUGUUCCGCAAAACCAUCGACACAAUUUAUCCAACACAAGAAUGCGCUUUGCCAGCUCCGCGACAGCUUCUUCAUUCUGAGAAAGAUAUAGAGGACAUCUAUUACAAUGAAAAAAUGGAUCAAGCUACACCAGUACAGACACAGACACAGCCAGAAGCGCAAACGCAAACGCAAACGCAAACCCUCUCACCCACACUAGGAGAACCAGCCCCCACGGUCACUGUGGAGGUGACAACAACAGCUCUACCGGCACCAAGGGUUCACGUUGAAGUUGUGAGCAUUGAAGACCAAAGUAUUCAAGUCCAGGAUAUUAUUUUCGCAAUUGUUGCCAGGGCAUUGAAGCGAGCGGCAUCUGAUAUUGACGGGAGCAAGUCCAUCAAGGCUUUAGCCGAAGGCAGGUCGACUCUGGAAAAUGAAAUCAUUGGCGAUUUGCAUAGCGAAUUUGGCAACUUGCCAGAUCGUGCCGAGGACCUGCCCCUAGGUCAAGUUGGACCAGAAAUUCAGUCCAGCCACAAGGGUGUCCUGGGAAAGGUCACAUCUGCCAUGAUCAAUAACCUUUUUACUACUAAAAUGCCUAGUAACUUUACUGCGGCUACUGCUAGGGAACAGCUGGGCACCCAGUGGGGACUGCAAUCAGGUCGCCAGGAUGCCUGCUUGCUCUGUGCCGUCACCUUGCAACCCACAAACCGGAUUGCCACUGAUUCCGAAGCGCGCGAUUUUAUUUCCAAUGUUGCUCAAACAUAUGCUAAACGACAAGGUUUGACUCUGGUCCAGCCUGAUGCAUCGCAUGUCGUCAGCGCCGGCAGUGGCGUCAUGAUGGACUCAGAAGCGGUCCGGGCCGUGACCGAGUCCCAAGAAACUUUGUCAAGACGCUUGCUCGAGACGUAUGCGAAGCACUUGGGAAUUGAUCUAGAGGCAGACCAACAGGCGCUGGAAACCUUGCGCGAAGAAGUCGUUACCGGAUUACAAGCCGACCUUGAUCUCUGGAACACAGAGCACGGUUCAGACUAUGCGAAUGGUAUUCGACCACGUUUUGAUGCUAAAAGGAUCCGAAGCUAUGACUCUGCUUGGAACUGGGCACGACAGAGCUUACUGGAGCUCUUUGAAUAUACAACAACCAUCGAAGAUUCUAGUACGCUGGAUCAUGAUGCUGUAGUAAAGCGGUGCUAUCAUAUCGCCAAUGCUGCUGACAAGACCAUUUUGCCAAUGUUGGAUGAGAUGAUCUUUCGAUUGGAAGAUCGCCGCCUCACACAAUCAAUCUUUGAGACAUUGAAAGUCGAUUGUACAAGUAACUUACUGUCAGGCCCGACAUUCAAAGGCGCCCCUCGGCAGCUGGUCCCGUUCACAACCGUCGAUAAUCAGGGAAAGCUUCAGUACACAGAAAGACCACGACAAGAUUCGUCCCAUUUUGCCAAUCUUGCUCUUCCCAGGUCGGGACUCGUCAAAAGCCCUUUGGUGAAUUCUGAGCCAUACCUCCAUCUAAAACAAAGAAGUGCCUCUCAAUGGGACUACUCCGAAGGUCUUACUCGUCACCUUUACCAGGUCCUUCAUGAUGUAGAGAUACAGGGCGACACUUUUAGUGGUCAAACGGUCUUGAUCACAGGUGCUGGCAUUGGCUCCAUCGGAGCCGCCAUGAUUGUUCAUUUCCUCCAAGGAGGAGCUCGGGUGCUUGUCACGACUUCGUCCAUGUCUUCACAUGUAGCGGCAAAGUAUCAAGCGUUGUACACUGAACAUGGAGCACGUGGAUCAGAGCUUGUUGUUGUGCCAUUCAAUCAGGGAAGUUCCCAGGACAUCUCUGCCUUGGUAGAGUAUGUAUACGACGAGAAAAGUGGACUUGGUUGGGAUUUGGACUAUCUUAUCCCUUUUGCGGCUAUCAGUGAGGCUGGCCGGACGUUGGACUCAAUCGACUCCAAGUCCGAACUAGCGCAUCGCAUCAUGUUGACCAAUCUGUUGCGGUUGCUGGGCACUGUAAAGACCAACAAAGAGACCCUCGGUCAUCGCACCCAUCCCACCCAAGUGCUAUUACCGCUGUCCCCCAACCACGGCACGUUCGGAGGAGAUGGUCUCUAUAGCGAAUCAAAAGUGGCUUUGGAAACCCUCUUUAACCGCUGGCAUUCCGAGGAUUGGCAGGAUUAUCUCUCCAUCUGUGGAGCAGUGAUCGGCUGGACUCGGGGCACGGGACUCAUGAACCAAAAUGAUCUCGUGGCAGCAGGAAUCGAAAAGGCUGGCAUGCGCACAUUUUCUCAAGAGGAAAUGGCCUAUGCCCUCGUUUGCUUGUGCGUUGGUGAUAUGUACGAUCUCUGUCAGCAGGCUCCGGUCUACGCUGAUCUGACAGGUGGUAUGGCUCAGGUUGCCAACUUGCCAGAAGCUUUAGGCAAGCUGCGACGGGAGAUGAAGGAGGAAAGCGAGAUUAAGAUUGCUAUGCUUCAAGAAGAUCUCAUCGAAUCUCAGUGGUCAACCCCAGGAGAGCAAGCUGAACCUGUGUCUGAGUUAGAGGAGCGAGCGCAUGUUCGGCUCGACUUCCCUCAAGUCCUCGACUAUGAUCGCGAUAUAGCGCCCCUAGGUGAUGAUCUACGGGGAAUGAUCGAUCUUCACCGAACAGUCGUCAUCACGGGUUUUGCAGAGCUAGGACCGCAUGGCAAUGCCAGGACACGAUGGGAAAUGGAAGCUCACGGAAAGUUUUCGCUAGAAGGUGCCGUAGAAAUGGCCUGGCUGAUGGGCUUCAUUCGUCACUUCUCUGGUACUAUUGACAACCAACCAUAUUCGGGCUGGGUUGAUGCCAAAACCAAACAACCGGUAGCUGACAGCGCGAUCAAAACAACUUACGAAGAGAAGAUCCUGGCUCAUUCUGGAAUUCGUUUCAUUGAGCCUGAGCUUUGUGACGGAUACGACCCUAAUAAAAAGCAAUUCCUGCAUGAGAUCAUCCUACAGGCAGACCUCGAGCCUCUCUGUGUACCGGAGGCGCUUGCUGACCAAAUGCGUCGCGAACAUGGCGCACUUGUCACGGUGCAAAAGACAUCGACUGCUGAUCUGUAUCAAGUUCAGUUACGUAAGGGAGCUCGACUGUUCGUUCCUCGUGCGAUGCAGUUUGACCGUACUGUCGCCGGUCUUAUUCCUACUGGCUGGGAUCCUCGAACCUAUGGUUUGCCAGAUCAAAUCAUAUCCGAGGUGGACCGACUGACGCUAUACACACUCGUUUGUACGGUGGAAGCGUUGCUCUCGUCGGGUAUCACGGAUCCUUACGAGCUCUAUCAGUAUAUCCACGUCUCUGAUGUUGGCAACUGCAUUGGGUCCGGCAUGGGAGGUAGUACCUCUCUAGGCAAGAUGUUCAACGACCGAUUUACGGGGCAAGAAGUGCAAAGUGACAUCCUUCAAGAGACCUUCGUCAACACGAUCAGUGCCUGGGUCAAUAUGCUUCUGCUUUCGGCUAGCGGUCCUAUUCGAACACCUGUGGGCGCCUGCGCAACAGCUGUUGAGUCUGUUGAGCUUGGUUAUGACACAAUUGUGACCGGAAAAGCCAAAUUUUGUUUAGUGGGAGGAUGUGACGAUUUCACGUCGGAGACUUCGUAUGAGUUUGCCAGUAUGAAAGCAACAACCAAUUCACUUGAUGAGACCGCACGAGGGCGUGCACCUAGUGAGAUGUCGAGGCCAACUACCACAACUCGCAAUGGCUUCAUGGAAUCCCAGGGUUGUGGCCUGCAAGUCUUGACCACCGCGGAUUUAGCACUGAAGAUGGGGCUGCCAAUCCGUGGUAUUGUUGCCUUUGUUAGCACCUCCAGUGAUAAGGCAAGUCGCUCGGUCCCGGCCCCUGGACAGGGCGUACUUGUAAACGCUCGACGCACUCCGACAGCUUCAAAUGUUGCGUCUCCUUUGUUGAAGUUGGCCAAUCGUCGACGCCGCCUCGAUUUCCGACGCAGACAGAUCGCCGAGGCCCGAUCAGUGGCAUUUGAGCAGCUAGACUUUGAAGUUGAUACUGUACUGGAGCAAGAUCCGGACGUGGACGUGACUGCGUAUCGCAAAGAGCGCCAUGAACAGAUUCUAGCAGACUUUGUUCAGGAAGAACGAGAUGCUCAAUACGCUUUGGGCAAUGAUUUCUGGCGCCAUGAUUCAUCAAUUGCACCGCUCACUGGAGCUCUCGCCACCUGGGGUUUGACUAUUGAUGACCUCCAAGUCGCUUCGUUCCAUGGAACUUCGACGGUGAUGAAUGACAAAAAUGAAUCCAGUGUUUUGCAGCAGCAAUUGAAUGCGCUAGGGCGACGCAAGGGCAACGUCCUUCUUGGUGUCUUCCAGAAGUACCUCACCGGGCACUCCAAAGGUGCCGCUGGAGCCUGGAUGGUCAACGGGGCAUUGCAAAUGAUGGAUUCGGGUCUAGUCCCAGGCAAUCGCAAUGCAGAUAACAUCGACCCAGCGCUUCAGAAGUUCGAGUUAAUCGCCUAUCUGAGUCGGCCGGUGCGCGUGCCCGACCUCAAAGCUGUAUCCAUCACGUCCUUCGGUUUUGGCCAAAAGGGCGCGCAGGCUAUUUGUGUGCAUCCGCGGCAUGUCUUCGCCACCUUGACACGACAAGAGUAUGAGGCUUAUAUGGCUCUUCGUAUGUCUCGCCAACAGCGUGCUGAUGCCUAUUUCUACGAGGGGAUGAGUUCCAACUCGUUGUUCCGAGCCAAAACUGCUCCGCCAUUCCCGACCGCUCAAGAGAAUGAAACAUAUCUCAACGCGUCUGCUCGUUUUACUCCGUAA